AAAGGGUUUGUUUCGUUGUGUAAGCUAAAAUAAAUUGCAGACAUGAGGUUUGUUGUGCUCUUGGCAAGUCUGGUUUACUGUGGAAAUGUUGUUUUGUGUCAUGAAAAGGAAUUAGUUGAAGAUUUAUUGAAUAUAAUCUUUAAACUGAAGAAGAAUGGAAGUUAUGGAGCAGGUCGAUUGGCUGUUCCAGCUUUUACUGUAACGUUGUCAAAGGAUUUAACUCCGCAAGUCAAUCAGAUCAUAAAAUUUGACUCAGUUAAAACCAAUAUUGGUGGACAUUACUCUCCUAGUACUGGAAUAUUUACAGCACCAAGGAACGGACUUUAUAUGAUAUCAGCAACAACAAGAGCUAAUGGAUCCAAUUAUCUGCAUUGUGAGAUGCAGGUCAAUGGUGAGAUGAAAGAAAAGCUCUUUGGCACCAGUGCCUCAACCGGAACUGCCAACGCUGUUUUACAGUUAAAAAAAGGAGACAAUGUGUUCAUAAAAAAAGACCACCGUGGUAGAGAAAAUAUGAUGGGAAAAGACUGGUCAAUGUUUUCUGGAUGUUUUAUUGCAUAAUAUUCUUUUAAUUUUGCAUCAAUAAAAUAUAUUUCAAUCA